AUGGCUCUCAUCCCCUCCCAGGUCCUGAGGGUUGCUAUCCUGCUCUCCUACCUCUCCAUCCUCUGCAAUUUCAAAGCCCUCGACAUCCCAGCUCACCAAACAUACGGCGGCAGCUGGAAAUUCCUAACAUUCAUAGACCUGGUGAUACAGACUGUGUUCUUUGGAAUCUGCGUACUGACAGAUCUCUCGAGUCUCCUUACUCAAGGCACUGACGACCGAGAGCAGCAGAGACAGCUCAGGAAACUGAUCUUUCUCCGAGACUGGUUAAUGGCUGUCCUGGCAUUCCCUGUGGGUGUGAUGGUGGUGACAAUGUUCUGGACCUUGUACCUAUACGAUCGGGAGCUGGUUUAUCCAAAAAUCCUGGACAGUUUUAUACCACCAUGGAUUAACCAUGGAAUGCACACUACAGUCCUCCCCUUCAUUCUAAUUGAAAUGAGGACAACACAUUAUCAUUAUCCCAACAGGAAUUCAGGCCAGGCUGCAGUUAGCAUCUUUUCGACUGGAUAUAUUUUAUGGAUUUGCUGGAUCCACCACGUCACAGGAAUGUGGGUCUAUCCGUUUCUCGACCACCUCUCCAACAUUCUGAAGGUUAUUGUCUUUGUUGCAUCGUUCGUUGCUGUCAACGUACUAUACGUGGUGGGUGAGAUGUUAAACAGUUUCAUCUGGGAUAAGUCAAGAUUUCGGCUGCUGGGGCAUCGGUGCCAGCAGCGAGUGUGGACCCAGCAGCGGGAGAUGGUGCCGGACCGUGGCGUAUUCAACGUUGGUGUGUCCGCGCAGAUGGCAGCGAGGCGUAGGGCUCGAGGUGGUGGCACCUCAGUGUUGGUGUUCCAGCACAGACAGCGUUGGUGGGUGAAUCUGGCUCGAUUCAUGGUGGCAGCGGUGAACAAGUUGGACACCUUAAUGAAAACUGUGCUCAAUAAUAUUGGAAUGGUCCUUUCUCGUCGAAAUUUAAUGGGGGUCCUUUUAACUCUCUGCAAUGGGGAAAAGUGA